GGACGAUGACUUUCCAGUGGACGGCAGUUGCCACCUUUCUGUACGGUGAAAUAGGAGUCAUUCUCGUGCUCUGCCUGCCGUUUAUUUCUCCGCUGAGAUGGCAGAAGAUUUUUAUGAUUCCUCUAUGGAGCAAAAUGGCAGUUUUUUGGAACAAGAUGUUCCUUACAAUAAUAGUUUUACUGAUCGUCUUGUUUCUUGAUGCUGUUAGAGAAGUUAGGAAGUACUCGGCCGUUCAUGUGAAUGAGAAGGCUGCAAAUGUCAAUACCAAUGCCUUUGAUCAUAUUCAGAUGAACCUCUUACGAUCGCAAAGGAACCUCUAUCUCUCAGGUUUUUCCUUAUUUCUUUGGCUUGUAUUGAGACGUACUGUUACCCUUCUUACUCAGUUGGCAAAAGGGAUGGCAUCUCAUGCAGCUCUGGAAAUGCAAGUAAAUGAUGCUACUGAAGCAGCCAAAAAAUACAUGGCCGAGAAUGAAAGGCUGCAGGAGGCCUUGAGUGAAAAAGGAAGCAGUAAAAAGAAAGAGUCAGCAGAAGCAACUGAUGAAAAAUUGAAAAAGGAAGUUGAACAUUUGAAAGCAGAGCUACAGAAGACAUCAAACGCUCUCAUCAAGGCAAAUGAUGAAGUGACUGCCGUUAAAAAGCAGUCUGAAGGCCUUAAAAGAGAAUAUGAUCAUCUGAUGAAAGAAUAUGAACGCCUUCAGGACAGUUUAAAUGAAGCAGAAGACAGGAAAGACCUGUAGGUGCAUCUAAGAUGGACGGCAUCAGUAUAGUUGCUUCAAUGUGAAAAGCCUUGUGCUGUUUAGGCUCCUGAUGCAUAUCUGAAACAAACUUGAUUUUUCUGAAAAGUACAUGCAGUGCAGGUCACUAUUCAGAUUCCUCUAAUAUAUCUUGGUUGCCAAAAUAUUCUCUAUGGCAAAUAAAAUGUUAAGUGGCUUACCUGAUUUACCAUGAAGUUUGUCACUGCUCUUGUGAGGAGAAACUCAAAAAUCUUUCAAUUCCAUCUGGAGCAACUUGACUGUUCUCCAAGCUUUUGCC